AUGCGCAAAAAUUUAUCAACUAUGUGGACUCCAGAUAUCAAUGCUGUAGACCAAUUAAAACACAUUAUCAAAGGUACCUUAUCCAGAAAUAAUCAGGAAAGAAACCUUGCCAAUGAAGCUUUAGUUCAGGCCAAGCAAAAUCCAGAAAUCGAAAACUAUUUGUUCUAUAUCUUAAUCAACGAUGAAUCCACAACUUCAGAUGUUAGAUCAUCAGCAGGAAUAAUGUUGAAGAAUUCCAUUUUAAAACACAAGCAUAACAACAACCGUCAGUAUAUCUUAGAAAACAUUGUUAGUGGGUUAAUUAGUAAAGAAUCUUCGGUCAGAAACAUCACUGGGAAUGUUAUCACAUCAUUAUUCUUCAUUUAUGGGUUGGAAAAAUGGCCCCAAGCAUUGGCCAACUUAAUGGAACUUAUCAAUAGUUCCAACGAUUCCACAUUUAAGACCCAAGAAGCUGCCAUGAGUGCCAUGACCAAGAUCUGUGAGGAUAGUUACUUCAAGUUGGAUUGUGAAUUUAAUGGGGAAAGACCUUUGGAAUUCUUAUUGGAUAACUUCAUCAAACUUUUGAACCAUUCUAGUGGUAAGAUAAGAAGUUUGGCUAUUGAAUGUAUCAAUUAUUUCAUCCCAGCCAAAUCCCAAUCAAUCAUCGUUUGCUUAGAUGUAUUCUUAUCCAAGAUCUUCGAAUUAUCUGCUGAUACCAAUGAUGAUGUAAAGAAGAAUAUCUGUAAGUCCUUCCAGUACAUUUUGGAUGUCAGAGGUGAUAAACUUUUACCUCAUUUGGACGGAGUUAUCAAUUAUUGUCUCCAUUUGAUGAAUGACAAUAAUGAAGAUGUGGCCCUUGAAGCUUGUGAAUUUUUAUUGGCUUUAUCCACCUCCAAUGAAGCUGAGACCAAUUUGAAUAUAUUUAAGAACAACUUAUCCAAUAUCUUGCCAGUAUUGUUAACCAAGAUGGUUUACAGUGAAGAGGAGAUGUUCUUUAUGUCGUUGGUUGACGAUAAAGACGACACUAAUGUCGCAGAUAAUGAACAAGAUAUUAAACCAUCCAAUGCCAAAUCCAAAUCCGCCCAUAAAGCUGCCAGUAAAGCAGAGAAAGCCCAAAGAGCAAGUGGUGAUUCCGAUGAUGAGUCUGAUUUCGAUGAAGAUGAAGAAGAUUUGGAAUUAGAUCAAUGGAGUAUCAGAAAAUGUAGUGCUGCAACUUUAGAUAUCUUAUCUUUAGCCCUUCCUGAAGAUGUUUUACAUGUAGUGUUACCAUUAUUACAACAAAAUAUUGUAUCCGAUCAAUGGUCAGUCAGAGAAGCUGCUAUCUUAGCAUUUGGUGCCAUCAGUAAGAGUUGUAUUGAAUUGGCUAGAGAUAAAUUACCUACUUUAGUACCAUUUUUGGUCGAUAGACUUAAAGAUGAUGAACCUAGAGUCAGACAAAUCACAUGUUGGACCAUUUCUAGAUAUUCCUCAUGGGUUGCUGAAGAAGCUCAUGAAGGAGGUCAAUAUGCCAAUUAUUUUGACCCAACUUUCCAAAGUAUCUUAAAAUGUGGUUUAGAUCAAAAGAAAGUCGUCCAAGAAGCCGCAUCUUCUGCGUUAUCAUCAUUCAUCGAACAAUCGGAUUCAGACUUGAUAGCUUACUACUUACAACCAUUAUUAACUCAUUUCCAAAAAUGCUUUGAAAUCUACCAAAGAAAGAAUUUAAUCAUCUUAUAUGAUUGUGUACAAACAUUUGUAGAAUCCAUGGGAUACGACAGAUUACUGAAGAAGGAAUACAUUGAUAUCUUAUUACCACCAUUAUUGAACAAAUGGUCUAUAUUAGAUGAUAAUGAUAAUGAUUUAUGGCCAUUAUUAGAAUGUAUGGCAUCAAUUGCUGCUACUUUAUGUGAAAACUUCGGUCCUUAUGCUAUUCCUGUUUAUGAGAGAGCUAUUAAGAUUUUAAGUAACAGUGUAGAAUUGAACCUCCAAAGUCUUGUGGAUCCUACAAUUGAAGCUCCAGAGAAAGAUUUCAUAGUUACUUCUUUAGAUCUUAUUGAUGGAUUAAUCCAAGGGUUUGGUCGUCAUUCUAUUGAAUUGAUCAAUCAAAGUAAUAUUAACCUUUUGGCGUUACUUAUCAAGUGCUUUGAAGACGAAAACGAUGAUGUCAGACAAAGUUCUUAUGCAUUAUUGGGAGAUUUAGCUAUCUUUUUGAUUGAUUUGAUCAUCCCAGACUUACCUAACCUUUUCAUUUACAUUGGUAAUGAAAUCAACAAUAAAAAUUUCAAUUCAUAUCCUGUGGUAAACAAUGCUAUCUGGUCAUUAGGAGAAAUCUUGAUGAGAUUACAAUACCAUCAAUUCAAAGAUUAUUUAAGUAACCUCAUUGACUUGUUGAUACCUUUAUUGAAAAGUAUGGACACUCAACAAACAGUAUUGGAAAAUGUUGCCAUUUGUAUUGGAAGAAGUGGUAUUAAUGGUGGAGGAGAAAUUGUUUCGGCGAAAUUAUCCGAUUUCAUUAUUCAAUGGUGUUCCCAAAUGAUGUAUCUAGUUGAUAAUGAAGAGAAAGAAACUGCAUUCCAAGGAAUGUUAAACAUCAUAUCAAUGAAUCCUGAUCAAGGAUUCGGGGGAUUGGGUAAUUCUCAAGGUAAGAAAGCAUUAUCUAUAUUCAUCGCUACCAUAGCUAACUAUAUGAGUCCUUCAGCUAGUUUGAAAGCUAGUUUCCAGGAAUUAUUGAAUGGAUAUAAACAAUUGUUGGGCCCUGAGUUCAGAAACGUCAUUAAUCAAGUGGAUAGGGAAUCAAGAGGUCAAUUAAUAGAGAUGUAUGAGGUGUAG